AUCCGGCCAGUAUGCGCCUGGUCCGGCACGGUUGUGGAUCGCGGCAUUGUGGUGCGAGGCGCGCCGCCCGCGAUGGAGCUGCGCGAGAUGAGCCGCGCGUAUGGCAAUGCGGAGGAGACCGCGGAGCUCCUGCCGCAGCGCGACAGCGCGUCCGAGUUCGAGAGCUACUUCAUCGAGUACGCGAUGCAGAAGGAGAUGAUCAAUCGCAACCGGUGCCCCGCGAGCCGACGAUUGCUCAGCCAGGCCGCACACCUGGAUUUCAAUUUUUCCAAUAGCAAUCACUCCAAGGAUUCACCAUGUGCCGGAAUCACCAUGAUCCAUACCUCGAACUGGCCGCCUUCAAGAAAGCGCGAGGAGGCAACAGCUCUGGAGAACCUCAGGAAAAGAGUGGAACAGAGCAAGUUGUACAAAGCGGAGCGAAUUGCCGAUCCCGUAGUAGCCACCACGUCUUCGAUGAACUAUGAGCUGACUCAACAACAGUUGGACAAUCGGCCAAAACUUCUGAAGAAGAUACUCAGCAACCGACCGAUGAGUAUCACGCACGAUAGCAGCGAUUUGGAGACCGACUGGCGCGACAGCGAAUUCAUCACCGAGUGCCUUUGCUGGCACAACGUUUAUCGGCAACGGCACAACGCACCCCCGUUGACCAUGUCACCCCAGUUGUGCGAGUACGCUCAAUCAUGGGCUAAUCAUCUGGCGCACACGAACACGUUCUAUUAUAGGAACGAUCGGAACGUAGGUCACAAUCUUUAUUGUCGUCCCGGUGGCGCGGUACCAAGCGAUGUCACGGGACAGGAAGUCGCGUCCUACUGGUACUCCGCCGUGAGGCAGUACAACUUUCUCAAGGAACCGGACAUUCUCCACGCCAAUGUAAACGCAGGUCACUUCACCCAGCUGAUAUGGGCGAGAAGCCGUUACUUCGGGGUCGGCAAGGCGUGCAGCAGAAGCGGCAAGGUGAUCGUGGUGGCAAACUACGAGCCGGUGGGCAACGUGUCCGGUCAAUUUCAGAACAAUGUGUUCCCCCCGUUACCCGAGAACAUGAACGUGGUGCUGUCGCCACCCUCCGUGCGGGUGUCGCGGGGACAGUACGAGCUACUGAGGCCAACGUCGCAACCCUUGACGCCACCGUUACCGCCGCCGUUACCGCCUCUGUUGUCGGACACCGCGUCCACCGCCAGCGACACCACGUCCGUCAGCUCCGGCCAAUAAUACCACGGCCGUGCGAAAUGCCUUCUCUGUAUUUGCGCGCGAUGGGCCGGACGCUGAGGAGAAAGAAAGGAAGAGAGGCCGACCCUUCGCGUGCCGCGAAUCAAAGACUUCGGACACGCGAAACACGAUGACCGAUAUUUCUGUCGGGAAGAACGAAAUGUUUUUCAGAAGCUUUUUAUUAAUUUACUGACACGCAUCUCUAGGAAAGAGCUUCUGAAAAGUCUCCAAAAAAGUAACAUAUAAUUAAACAUAACAGUAUAAUUAUAAAUAUCAUCUCGAUGAUAUAGCUCAAUUGUCAUCAUAAAGUUAAUAAGCAAUUGAUUAAUUAUUGAAGAAUAUUGCAACAUUACUUUGUGUCCUACUGUUGCAAUUUCAUCCCGACUCGAUCGUAUUCAGUAAUUUCCCACGAAAUGUCGGUCAUCAGGUUUUACUGCCAGGUUCAGCUACCGCUUGCAAAAGCAGUGAUAAUCAAAGAUACACCGAGCUUCGUCGUGAUAGCUGAUAAUAUGUAAUAAUUAAAUCGAGUAGUAUAAUCUGCGGCGUAAUUAUUGACAGUGGCGUGACUUUUCGUUUGUUUAUAAGCCCCAUGUGAAAAUAAAAAGUAAUGCGCUAAGCAGAAAGGCAGGAUAUCUGAAAAAAGUAAGAUAGAAGAAAAGAAAUUGAAGAAAUAUCAAGAGGACAAUUAUACAAUUAAAAUUGUAUUAGGAUUAAAGUAACAAGACUAAUCAAUAUUGAAGUGGUAUAAAAUUCCUUUCUCUUGACAAAGUUUCAAUUUCUUCCUUUGGUGUGUGUGUGUGUGUGUGUGUGUAUGUGCGUGCGUGCGUGCGUGCGUGUGUGUGUGUGUGUGCGUGCGUGCGUGCGUGCGUGCGUGUGUGUGUGUGUGUGUGUGUGUGUGGCAGGGAGAAGCUAUUUUUUAAAGAGUCAGGUCACUGUCUGUAAUAGAUAAUAUCAGCUCAAAUUUAGAAUAGCCAUACUUAUUUCCGGUUUGGCAAAAAAGUUAGAAACGAUCGAACAAUUUGUAACUUGUUUUCAAAUUUUUCUUAAUUUAUUCGCUGAUUAUUCAUUGCAUAUCACGUAUUUGAAAGCUGGAAUUGUUCAAAACACAUAGAAGCUCUAUUUUGUACGACGGUUUAGAGUUGGCGCUUGUUUAAAGAAUAGUUAUAGCUAUGUAUGAUAUAUUUGAGAAGCCUAAAUGACGAAUUGCGUCUAGCGUGGAGAUAUAAUACUUUGCACAUACCUUUCCGUCCUGUUAAAACAUAAAAAUCAAUGGUUUGCGGAGUGGAGUUUAAGUUUCUUUACGAUAACGAAUGUUCCUAUCGAGUAGUGAGGAUCAGUGUUCUCCAGAGGUUGAUCUAGGAAAAUAAUUAAAAUCAAAAUUGAAAGAACACCUUGAGACGAGAGAGACCACAAUCACAGUACGUUAUACAUUACGUAUUGUUAGAAGUAUUUAUAGGAUAUUAAUCCUGGAAUAGCACUAGAAGGAAGAUCUGCGAUAUUUAAUCUUAAAUAAUACUAACAAUAAAUGAAAAGAAGGAAACCGAUCGGAAAGGAAGUUUGCAGGAUUUAAUUUCAUACGGCGAAUUUAUAGAAUUAGAAUUAAAAGAGAAGCUAUAUUCAGCACCAUAUAUAUUUCAUACCUUACAUUCAGCGCUAAAUGUCAGAUGUGAAUAUAGACUUUUUAAUUAAGUAGCUUAGUGCUGUCCUUAUUUAUUUUCGAGUUUCAACGGAAAUGGAAUUGAAUAGGCUUAAUCGCUCUAGGACAAGUUGAACAUAACGAAGUCUUUAAUUGAGACAGGCAUUCGUUUGAAAGCGAUAAUUAUCACGAAUCUCUCGCUUUCAACAUAUAGGACAAACACAAAUACGUAUCCUACGUCUGAAGCACAGGUAUGUAAGACCGUGGUCUGAAGUCUGCCAGACCGCCAGACUGUUUGAUAAUCGUUAUCAUCAUAGAGAGACGACGCGCUGAGCGGUUACACAUCGGUGCUUUACAUUUCGCCUUGUCAAUGAUGAUUUAUCGUGAAGUACAACACGUGAUUAAAUCUUCCACUCCCCAAUUAUUCCUAUGGAAUGAAAAGAGAAACGAACGCGGGAGAAUUAAUUAAUCAGUGAAUUGGGGAAAAUUUUUAGGCUGAUGUAGUAGUUGCUUCAAAUGUUGUUGCAGCGAUUUUAGCGCGCUAAAUAAGAUGUAUGUACAUAUGACACACGAUCUACGGCGAGAUUGUUAAUGAAAUAACAUCGAUUAUAUUAGAGGAAGAUCUCUCAGGUACGCAAGUUAUUGCGGUUACACCUUACGGCGGUUCUAGUAAAAGCAAAUUUACAGCGAUUUUUAUAAUUUGACCUUGUUGGACCUUGAUUCGCUGAUAUAGAGAAUAUAUUAAAGAUAGAUUGUUACAAAAAACAUAAAUUAUUUUUCACAGGUAGAUUGUUGUAUUAUAGAGAGAAGAAGAGUUAUUUUUCGCUUAUAGUCGACCGACUAGUACCUCGCUUUUCCAAACAUACAAAAUAGAAUGUAAUGUAAAGCGUAAACUAUAAGGAGAUACGUUUUUGUCUCUUUAUACUAGAUUUUCGCUUCCGUAGAACCUUAUGUGAUGCUACAUAUGAAACGAUAAAAUCGUUGAUUAAUCGAUCGCAUAUGAAAUAUCCGUUAACGAUUCGCUUAAUCGAAUUACUCAAUUCGUUUAAUCGCGCUUCGUGUAAUUUAAUGUGAGAUUAUUGCCCGUGAGCUCGUGGCAUAAAACGACGUGCGUUCCACAAUGCCGAUAAUAAUGUUUAUCAUAGCGCACAGGGUUAAAUAACAAUCGCUCGAUGUGAUAAUUAAGAGGCUUUCAUUAAUCUAAGAAUGUUAAUUAAAUAAAAUUACGAUUACCGAGAGGAUCGACGAGGUUGAAACGGUUGUUCGUCGCUUUUGAAUGUCUUUUUUUCGUAUGCAACGCAUGCGAGCUGUUAAGCGAAUGGAGUAUUUUUAAAGUGCGUGUACGCUCACCUGUGACAAUCGAUACUGAAACGUCGUUUCAUUUAUAUGUAUAUUGAACAUGACGACUUGAAAGCUCGUAGAUCUACGCACAGUGUGUUCGCAGACUUUAAUUUUAAUUACAAUUCCCUAAUGAAUUCGAAACUAUCUUUCCUCUCGACAGGGUUUCGAACAAAUCACUUCCUAGAUCUUCUUGAUCUUUGAAUUUAGGUAUUACUUUGAUAAUUACGUCUAUUAAUUAAUAUAUCGAAUAUGAUAUCUAUGUUAAUGAGAAAUCCAUUUGAAAUUAAUCUGAUCUUUUAUCGAAAUACAGUGAAGAUGUAACACCUUAUAGUUAUAUACGCACCUAUAUAUUAAUCCGCAAUGAUACAAUUAAUCGCGCUUAACAAUUUAUGAAAUUCUACUCAAUCUGUCUACUCAAUCAGAAUGUAAGUUAAGAAUUUUAUAUAUUAUUUAUUUUAUUAUAAAUCUAUUUUCUAAUAUAUAGAUUUUGCUAUUAUUGAUGACAGUCUAUCGGAUCUGCCAGAAGCUCACGUAGCCUAUUAUUAGCUUUGGUAACGUUGAAUCUCUAAUAAAAAAAACUCAAUUCAUUAUCGAUCCCUGUUAAUCGCUUCAUAUAUAUGUAGAAAUAAAAGUAUCAAAAGUUAAAAGUGGAACGACGUUAAUGUAAUCGUUGUUGUUAAAGCGCAUAGCCUUAACGAAAUGAAUUAAAUGCAUUGCAAUCCAACGUAUUUUAUAACGAUGAAUGUUAAUAAAAUCGUCUCUUCUUUUGCAGAAA